UCCUUCUAUAAAAUACAUAGUACAACUCACUCUCCUCUUAUAUAAAACUCCCUCUCAAUUAACUUUUUAAGAUUACCUUUCUCUACUUUCUCCACUUCUUCUUUCAAGUUCAUAGAGAAAAUGGAAGAAAUUGAUUCUUUAUGGAGUUACCAAGAGACUAUGGAUGAAAUGAGACAGAAGCUUCAAUACACUAGUCUUGAACUUGAAAGACUGAAUAUGGAAGCAAGUGAAGAAAAGAGGAAGAACAAUCAAUUAAUCCAACUCAUAAAGAUGGCUUAUCAAGAAAGAGAUGAAGCAAGAGAUCACCUUCAGAAACUACUCAACAAAAUUAAUCAGUCUCAAAUCCACGUCGUUGAUAGUCCUCUUGGUAAGGCGCCAAAAGCAAAUUCAAGCACGAUUGAGUCGAACAGCCUUAGUGAAACAUACAAUUAUCAUUCACAUAAUUCAUCAUCACCGGUCGAGUCCUUUUUGGAUGUUGUCUCAUCCCCUGACCUUUCCAAUGGCAUCAACGUGGCUGAAUCAAAUGCAUUGGGAUUCGUGAAACAGCCCCUCGUGAACAAUAACAUUAUUCCGGUUUCAUAUGCUGUCGUCCCUCAAGAAGUACAAAGUGUUGAUCAAGCCUCAUUGGUUAUCGACAGUCUUGUCAAGGGAAAGACAUUGCCUCAACAAGGCAAAUUUCUGCAAGCUGUUCUCGAAGCGGGCCCACUUUUGCAGACACUACUUGUAGCAGGCCCGCUUCCAAGAUGGCGUAAUCCGCCUCAGUUUAAGCCGUUACAUAUUCCGCCGGUUUCAAUUAAAGGUUGUGAAGGUGGCAUAGUAACUCAAAAUACUGCUCCAAAUUCUAGCCAUUUUGUGAACUGUCAACCUUAUUUUGAGAUGUCUUGUGCAUCAUCCCAAAUGAUAUCACCUUAUUUAGGAUAUCAGAGGUUAGUAUCUGCUGGUGCAAAUUGUAACAAUUUUGUCCACCUAGACAAGAGACAAAGGCUGCAGUGAGAGAACUUGAAGCAUAUGCCUAUGCUUCUGAUUUUUGUGUAAAACUGAUUUUAAGUGAAAUAGCUAUAACUUAUUGAUGCCA